AUGGGCAUUUUUAUAGUGCCAGGACUUAUUGAUGCAGAUUAUUGUGGUGUGAUAAAAAUUAUGGUCUAUACGCUGACUCCUCCUGUUACCAUACCAGCUCAAUCAAAAAUAGCCCAGCUGGUACCAUUUCGGGCAUGUGGGCCCAGAGCGCAGGCCGUGGAACGAGGCCAUGGGGGUUUCGGUUCCACGGGUCAGCCUCAAGUGCUGUUAGCUGUUGACAUUGCUAGAGGAAAGCCUGAGGAAAAAGUCACAAUAUCGCACCCUAAUGGACAAUCCCUGGCAAUGUCAAUGCUGACAGAUACUGGAGCUGACAUUACCAUCAUCCCUGCAGGCAGAUGGCCUAGUCAGUGGCCGCUAGUGCCCACAGCUACAGGGGUAGUGGGAGUAGGAGGCGUUCAACGAACAAUGAUCAGAGCGGCCUCUGAAGAGCAGCCUGUAUUAAAACUCACCUGGAAAACAGACAAACCAGUGUGGGUGGAUCAGUGGCCGCUGAAACAAGAUAGGCUGCAAAUCAUACAAACAUUAGUGAAUGAACAAUUGGUAGCAAGACAUAUUGUAUCUUCCACAAGUCCAUGGAAUACACCCAUUUUUGCAAUUCCUAAAAAAUCAGGAAAAUGGAGGUUGCUACACGACCUUCGAAAUGCAGUCAUGCAAGAUAUGGGUGCUUUGCAACCAGGUCUGCCGUCCCCUGUUAUGAUUCCAGAACAUAUUGAUUUGAAAGAUUGCUUUUUCACAAUUCCCUUACAUCCCAAUGAUGUUGAAAAAUUUGCAUUUACAGUGCCCUCAAUUAACAAAUCAGAACCAGCCAAAAGGUAUCAUUGGGUGGUGUUACCACAAGGCAUGAAAAAUUCACCUACAUUAUGUCAGACAUUUGUAUCAUGGGCAUUACAGUCUUUUUGAAGAAACAAUCCAGAAUUGCUGAUAUACCAUUAUAUGGAUGAUAUAUUGGUUGCAGGAGAAAAUAUGGACACAAGUAAAACCUUAACAGAGAUCACUGAAGAAUUGGAGCCUAGAGGUCUGAAAAUAGCCCCAGAAAAAGUUCAGUGUUCAAAUCCAUAG